CCAAAACUGAAGUCACCAUCCGCCAUCUUGAUACUCCCAAAACAACCAUGAAGAACUCUGCAGCGUUAAUCGCCAGUUUUGUGGCUGUGAGAAAACAUUUCACAGGGUCGCAGGAGUGGUGGAGCCUAUCCCAGCUGUCGACGGGCAGGAGGCAGGGCGCAUCCUCAACUGGUUGCCAGCCAAUCGCAGGGCACGUGGAGACAGACGUCAAACUGCACUGCAUCAAAUGAAGUUAUCAGACAUAUUUUGGCGAGUUCAUGAUGUAUUUUACCAGAGGAAACACGCGUGACGGCUGUUGUCACCCCAUCCGAUUUUCUUUCUCCAGCCGUCCCAUCCAUCCCAGGCAUUCUCCCGCGAGAGAGCACCGACUGGCCGGAUGCCAAAAGGGGGCGUUUGCAUCGUGCGGCUGGAGGGGCGGGUCCAGAGCAUCCGGCGCUGACAGCGGUGGAGGACGGCAUCCCGAGCCCCGCCGACGCGAGGCGGCAUCGCAAGAUGAUCGCGGCCCACGGGAAGCGGGAGUGACGGCGGAACAACAACGCGAAGCACGAAGGAAACCCCCCCUUCCUCCUCCUCCUCCUCUUCACCCCCCCCCCCUCAAAAAAAUAACAAAAAUAUGUGUGUGCUCCCACUACCUGCAUUAGGUUGUGAUGACCCACACUGCAUCCAAAUGUUUCUGUGACCCUCCCCAAACCUGAGUCCUAACCUCUAACCCCUGACCUUUGACCCCCUCACUAUGGGCAGUGUUGGCAGUGGGGUGGCAGGCGAGCAGGAAUUUGCCAUGAAGUCCGUGGGCACGAGGACCACCCUGCCCCGCGCCCCUCCUCUCUCACGCCGUUGCCCCGGUGACCGCAGCUGCAGCGCCGAGCGUCUGCCCCGACCCCCCGCCACUAUAUCCGACGGGACGGCCUCUAGCGACGAGCGCGGGAGCGUUAGUAUCGGCACCGGGACCUGUACCGACCGGCCCACCGAAACGGCCUCCACCGCCAACACGGAAUGUACCAUGGCGGCGGCCAACAACAACAGCCAGCUGGAGUGCGGCAACGCGGCCGUCAGGAGGGAGUGGGAAAGGGAGAGGCAACGCGAACGCGGGAGGGACAGGGACCGGGACCGGGACUGGGACCGGGAGAGGUUGGACAGGGAGCGGGAGCGUGAGAGGAACAGGGAGCGAGAGCGGGAACGGGUGGAGAGGGAGAGACUGGAACGAGAGCGGGAGAGGGAACGGGAGAGAGCCCGGGAGAGGGAGCGGGAGAGGAUCGAGAGGGAGAAGAUCGAAAGGGAGCGAGAACGGGAACGGGAAAGGGAGAGGGAGCGGGAGCGGGAGAGGAGAGGCUGGAGGGGGAACGCCUGGAACGGGAGAGGGAGAUGCAGGCCGCCGGUCUGGAUGCGUGCGGGAACGUCGUGGGCCGAGGAGCCGGCGAGAAGAACGGCGUCGGGGUCAGCCAGCAUCAGCACAGAGAGGUGCUGGCCGCCAGGACCGACGGCAAUGCAGAGAGACUCCGGCCUGGUUCGUCCCUCCGCCUUCAAACCCGUGGUUCCGAAGAGUUUCCACUCCAUGCAGAACCUGGUGGGCCAGGGGGGCGGGGCCGGGGGCGAGGGCAAGACCGAGGCGAGGGGCGAAGGCUUCGGGGAGGGAAGGGGCUGCAGGAGGGGCCGGGACGGCGGAGGGGGAGAGUCGGGAGAGGUGCCGGAGGCCCUGCUCCUGGACCAGGAAAGCCCGGUGAGGGUCAGCAGAGGUGAGGGAGGGGGGAAUCCCAACGAGGUGGUUCCGGGGGGUAUGUCUGACUCGGGCAGGAACUCUCUGACCAGCCUGCCCACCUAUACGGGUUCGGGCUCCGGCUGCGGACCCCCGGCCGUUCUGGGGCCGCUGAGCGCUUCCACGAGCCACAUCAACCGGUUGGGCGUGGCCGGGGCGGCAGCGGGCUUGGACAAGCUAGAAAAGCCCGGCUACCAGAACGGGCUUUGCGCCUCGGACAGCGGUCGCUCUUCGUCUGGGAAGAGCUCCUCGUCCUAUCAGAGGCUGAGUCACAUGAGUGACGCACCGGGACCGUUACGCCCCUCGCCUUCUUCCGAUGACAUCAUCCAGGACCUGGAGGACCGCCUGUGGGAGAAAGAGCAAGAGGUGCAGCACAUGCGCCGCAACUUGGACCAAAGCGAAGCCGCCAUCAUUCAGGUCUUUGAGGAGAAGCAGCGUGUGUGGGAGCGACAGAUGGACGAGCUGAGGCAGAACUAUGCCACCCGCCUGCAGCAGGUGACGCGGCGUGCGCAGCGCUCGCAGACCGCCCUGCAGGCCCAGAUCACCCGUUUGUCCCAAGACAAGAGGAGGCUCCAGGAGGAAAUGGCCGCCCUGCUGGCCCAGCGAGAAGAGCUGGAGAGGAAGUGUCUGGAUUACAGGAAGGAGCAGGCUGACAUCUUGCCGCGCCUGGAGGAGACCAAGUGGGAGGUGUGCCAGAAGGUGGGCGAGAUCUCCCUGCUGAAGCAGCAGCUGAGGGAAAGCCAAGCAGAGGUGACCCAGCGGGCCGGGGAGAUGGUGGCGCUGAGGGGCCAGCUCAAAGAACUCAACGCCCAGCUGAGGGAGCACGAGGAGGCCAUGCUCGGACUGAAGGAGUCCUACAGCGCCAAAGGUCUGGAGCUGGAGAAGUGCGAGGCGGACCUGAGGAGGACUCUGUCAGAGGUGUCCAUCCUUCGAGAGAAGCUGGGUGUUUUCGAGGCCGAGGUGCUGAGUCUAAAACGAGCCCUGAAUGAAGUCAGCAGAGGAGCCGAGGUUGUCAUGAGCCCCAACUUAGCUGCGGCGGGCCUGCUGCCACCCUGGGGAAUGGUCCACUGCCCGCGCACGCCCGGCGAUCCGUCGAGCAACUCCCUCCCCCCGACGGCCGACACGCUGCUGAGUCUUCAGAGUGACGAAGCCAAAGCCCAGAGGCAGGAGGCUCAGCGGCAGCAGCGCGAGGAAGCGCAGUGGCAGCACCAGCAGCAGCAGCAGCAUCAGCAGCAGCGUCAGGACGCCCACGUGCAGCAGGACAUGCAGAUGCGGCAGGACGCUCACCUCCGCCACGAGGCGCAACUCCGCCACGAGGCCCAGCUGCGCCACGAGGCCCACCUCUGUCAGGAGGCCCAGCAGCGGCAGCAGGACGCUCACUGGGACGAGGCGGGCGAGCUGCGCAGACAGCUGGAGCAGCUGCAGGCCGCCCUGCGCCUCGAACGGCAGCAGCGCGAGCGCCAGGCCCUCAACUUCGACCAGGAGCGACACACCUGGCAGGACGAGAAGGAGCGGGUCUUGAAGUACCAGGCCCAGCUGCAGCUGAGCUACGUGGAGACCCUGCAGAAGAACCAGGCUUUGGAGAAACGCAUGAGCCAGCUGGGAAGCAAAGCCGGCGCCGCCUGCAGCGUCCCCGCCACCACCGUCACCAACAGCUCCCCUUCCUCCUCCUCCGGUUCUCCGCCUCCGCAAUCCCUCUCGGCUGUCUCUCCUCUGCCGCCUCCCACCUCUCUCCCCGGCCCCAUCACCCUCACCCUGUCCCCGCCCUGCGAAGACCAGAAGGGCCCGCCGUCUCUCCACCAGCUCGCCCCUCCUUGGGCGGGACCCUCCCGCCUGGAGAGGAUAGAGUCCACUGAAAUUUAGCGAGAAAACGUGCGUGGAAACCUUCCCCAACUUGCCCGCUUAAGCACGCUCACCAAACGUCACGUCACAUCGUACUGUAAGACGAUUUCAGCUGACCGUAGUCAUACGAACGUAAAACACAAGCGGGUUGAUUCAAAGCUAAAAUGUCGGACGACGGAAAAUCAAACAAACAAACACGGGUCACACGGACAAUGUUUAGGUGACAGUUUAUUUCAUGCCCGUGCCAAGACAAAAAAAAAAUUAAAAAAAAAAAGGACCGAGACAAUCAGGGAUAUUGUCAAAAUUGAACACAAGAGUAUUACCAUGAUUAUUAUUAUUAUUAUUAUACGAUAUUUAUUAUUCAUUAUAAGUCUGUGUCAGUCGUAUAACGUACAAGUAGAACUAGUGGUCAGAGUGUGUGACGUUAACCUGCAUUUUUUUGCCCAGAGAGCGCCUUACUCCAUCUUUUCCAGCAUGUGUAAAAGAAUAACUAUGGCUGGGAUCCAGAAAGAAAAAAAAUGAUUUUCAGUGCUUUGAUUUUAUAUAUAUAUAUAUAUACAUAUAUAUAUCGAUAUAUCUCUAUAGGUCACCCGCUUAUUCCACAUGAGGUGACGUCACGCUGGACUUUUUUUCCAUCCAAGUCGGUUUUUUCUUGACAUUUCAUGCGCCGCGUCCAACAUGCAUGAGUCAAACGUGUCCUCCAAUCCAGCAGAGCUUAUAUUUUGUAAAAUAAUAAUGCUAAAUUCCUUCUAUGUUCAACUGAUAAUAAACCUAAUCCAAAUAGGAUGAAAAGUUUGAGGUUUACCUUCACCUGCGGUGGCUAAAAACGAACCCUAGAGGUCAGUGUUGAUCUGUUUUCCGGUGCUCCAAUAUGACUUUCUUUCCUCCUUAAUCCCUCUGUUGACCCAUGUUGCAUUUUUGCACAUGGUACAUUAGGGCCCACUUUUCCAGUUUACCGACUUGGCAUUUGCCACCAUUGACCAGUGUUGCACAAUUUCAGUUAACCUGCAACCCCGCCCGGUUAACAGAGGGGUUAAACUGUCCAACAGUGGGGGGGGGGGAAAUGAAUGGAAGCGCAACAUCAUAAUUUGCGUCAUGUCAGGAAAUAAAUUCCAAAGUAAAAAUUAAAAAAAAAAUAGAGAAUGUAUGAUUUACAAAAAAAAUAGAUAAAUACCUAUAGUUAUAGAUUGUACAUGUGUUUGAAUGAAGAAGCGCGAGUGUGUGUGUGUGUGUGUGCCAGUUUAUAAAGACUGAUGAUGAUGAUAAUAGAGGGACUAGUGGCAAUAUUGCAAGUAAAAAUAUACAAAGAAAAGAAUUAUUUGAUUUUUCUUAAGUAGAGUAAAAUGGAGCCGAAGAGAAGCGGGUGUUCGAUUUUUGCGCAUCUGUUAAUCCGAUCAUAUUUUAUUCAGACUAGCGUGGAGCCGAACUGCACUACAUCAUGUCCGCUUGACAUGUACAUGAGACUCCAAUAUGAAUAUCAUGGCUUUUAUGUGUGUUCUUCGAGUCAGCGUACAAGGAUGUUAUCAAUGUAUCGCUAAGGAAUCGCGUAGUAUUAUCAUCUUUGUUACCGUUAUGAGAAAUAUGGUAAGAUGGCAAAGAAAACGUGCCAUUGACUUUUUUUUUUUCUUUGUUUUUUGUUUUUCUUUUACAGUGUAGAUAGCAUCUCGGCCUAUCGGAACGGUGUAACCGUGACCACAUUGUCCUCUCCAAAAAAAGCAAGUGAAAAGAUGCUCCUUUUGCUGUAGGUGAUAAAUGUAGUUACAGUAUUGCAUUGUUUGGAGAGCAAAAUUCUACUAAUUUUAUACAUGUUUUGGGUUUAUUGUUUACAGAUAUGUUAUUAGUAUUGUUCUGGCUUGAUUAAAAAAAACACAUCUUUGUUAAAAUAAGAUGACUGAAUAAAUGUGACUAAUUCA